AUAACACUGCUUUUCCGCUUCCAGAGUUCCUCUUGUGCCGCCCCAUUUAACGUACCUUCCCACUUCUUCACGUUCUCCAGCUUUUUGCUCUCUGCAUUUCUUCCCCAAGACAUUCAAAAAAAAAAAAAAAUUUUUCUCUUCCAUUUUCCCAAAUAAAUCUCACCGGGGUCUUGUCCCAAGUUGCUCCCUCGUUCUCUCUUGAGUUUUUUGGUUUUCCCAAAACCCAAAUAGAAAAGAACUAGAAGAUGGAUUUUCUUGAUUUAGAAGAGAAGCUGAAAAGAGCUGUCCGCGUUCGGAAGCAAAAUUGUAUGGGGCUGAAGUCUAGCCUGGAUGCGGACAAGCUGGUGGCUAAUAUUGAUAAUGCUAUUGAUGAGGCUCUAGAAGAAGGGCACGAGACUGACGAGGUCAUGAAUUGGAUGCGUACAGUGGAAGAUCCGGAGUACAUUAAUCUUUCUGACUUAAGGGAAGAAUUUAAAAACAAAGGCAAGAAGUUUUGCUUUGGGUGGUGUCCAAAUCUCAAGUCUCAACACCAACUCAGCAAGGAAGCAGAUAAGUAUGUCCAUGAAGUUGCUGAACAGCUGAAAAAGAUUAGGAGAGCACAUGAAAAGGCUCCCUCAAAGAUGGAUUUUUUUUAUUUCAGAGAUAAGGUGAAAAGAGCUGUCCGCGUUUGGAAGCAAAAUUGUAUGGGGCUGAAAUCUAGCCUGGAUGCGGACAAGCUGGUGGCUAAUAUUGAUAAUGCUAUUGAUGAGGCUCUAGAAGAAGGGCACGAGACUGACGAGGUCAUGAAUUGGAUGCGUACAGUGGAAGAUCCGGAGUACAUUAAUCUUUCUGACUUAAGGGAAGAAUUUAAAAACAAAGGCAAGAAGUUUUGCUUUGGGUGGUGUCCAAAUCUCAAGUCUCAACACCAACUCAGCAAGGAAGCAGAUAAGUAUGUCCAUGAAGUUGCUGAACAGCUGAAAAAGAUUAGGAGUGCACAUGAAGAGGCUCCCUCAAAGAUGAAUUUUAUUGAUUUCGAAGAGAAGGUGAAAAGAGCUGUCCGCGCUCGGAAGCAAAAUUGUAUGGGGCUGAAGUCUAGCCUGGAUACGGACAAGCUGGUGGCUAAUAUUGACAAUGCUAUUGAUGAGGCUCUACAAGAAGGGCAAGAGACUGAAGACGUCAUGAAUUGGAUGCGUUCAGUGGAGGAUCUGGAGAACGGUGUUCUUUCUGACUUAAGGGAAGAACUUGAAAACAAAGGCAAGAUGUGUUGCUUCGGGUGGUGUCCUAAUCUCAAGUCUCAACACCAACUCAGCAAGGAAGCAGAUGAGUAUGUCCAUGAAGUUGCUGAACUGCUGAAAAAGAUUAGGAGAGCACAUGAAAAGGCUCCCUCAAAGAUGGAUUUUUAUUAUUUCAGAGGUGAGGUGAAAAGAGCUGUCCGCGUUUGGAAGCAAAAUUGUAUGGGGCUGAAGUCUAGCCUGGAUGUGGACAAGCUGGCGGAUAAUAUUGAUAAUGCUAUUGAUGAGGCUCUACAAGAAGGGUGCAAGACUGAAGAGGUCAUGGAUUGGAUGCGUAGAGUGGAAGAUCUGGAGUACAUUCGUUCUGACUUAAGGGAAGAAUUUGAAAACAAAGGCAACAAGUGUUGCUUCUGGUGGUGUCCUAAUCUCAAGUCUCAACACAAACUCGGAAAGGAAGCAGAUGAAUAUGUCCAUGAAGUUGCUGAACUGCUGAAAAAGAUUAGGAGAACACAUGAAGAGGCUCUCUCAAAGACAGAACAGAAAGUGGCUGCAGCAGCUGUUAAAAAUUUCAUGAACUUUGACUCUAGAAGCGAUGUUUGGGAGGAGAUCAUGGUGGCACUGCAAAGUCCAAGAAUCAGCAGCAUUGGAGUGUAUGGGGAGGCUGGUGUGGGGAAAACGAUGCUGGUUGAAGAAAUCAAAAGAAAAGCCGAUCAACUGAGGUUGUUUGACGAUGUUGUCAUGGCUAAAGUGACAAAUAAUCCAGACAUGAAAAGAAUCCAAGAUGACAUCUCCCAUGACCUGGAUCUAGAGCUUCCUGAUAGAGUAACAGCUGCUAACCGAAUAAGGUCAAGGCUGACAGACAGGAAGGUUCUUGUCAUUUUAGAUGACAUUUGGGCAAGAAUAGAUUUGGAGGAAGUUGGAAUUCCAUUUGGAAACAAACACAAGCAGAAGCUCAAGCAGCCUACAGAGAAAAAGGAGGAGGAGAUCUCAUCAGUAGAAGAACAAACAAGGUGCAUUCUUUUAAUGACAUCUAGAGACUCUGGUGUUUUAUCACGAGACAUGCAUGCUCAUAAAAUUGUUGAAGUUCGCCCAUUAAAAUCAAAGGAAGCAAGGGAACUUUUUGAGAAGAUCGGUGGUCAACAAGCUAAAAAUCUUAUUUUGCAGCAUACUGCAGAGAACAAUGAGAAGAUAGAAGGUGAGCAACGUAUUAAAGAGGCAGAUGAGAUUGUCAAAGACUGCAAGCAAUUGCCCAUCGCUAUUGCAACACUGGCAAUUGCCAUAUCAAUUGCUUCUCCGGAGCAUGGCCUAUUAGAUUUGAGAGAGGAUGCAGCUAAGGACAUGUUUGACAGGAAGGCAAUGAAAGAGUGCAAAUGGAUUUAUUUAUCACAUGGUGAUGCUAGACUUGCUGGUCAGCUUCCACAUAGGUUGGAAUGCCCACAGCUCACUUUCUUUCACUUAGCUAGCAAAUAUCCUAAUUUGAAAAUUUCAGACGACUUUUUUAGGGGAGCAGAUGGACUCAGAGUCUUGGGAUUGACUAAAAUGCAUUUUUCGUCAAUUCCAUCAUCAAUUGCACGCUUAAAAAACCUUCAUACCUUGUGUCUGGAUCAAAGUAAGUUAGGUACAAUCCCAGUCUCUAUCAUGGGAAACUUGAAGAAUUUGCAAGUCCUCAGUCUUGUAGGAUGUGACAUUGAAGGGCUGCCUCAGGAAACCAAGCAACUGGCUAAGCUGAAGUUGUUAGAUUUGAGUGACUGUACUAAACUUAAAGUAAUUCUACCUGGUAUCUUAACAGGUUUGUCACAAUUAGAAGAACUCUAUUUGGGAAACAGCUUUGACCAAUGGGAUGACAUCAAGAAGCAUGAUAAAAGAAAUGCCAGCCUUCAUGAGUUGACACAGUUGAAAAGCCUAACCAGUUUAGAGGUACGCAUUCAUCAUAUCAAUAUGAUUCCAGAUGACUUGUUUUCUAUAGAAUUGAAACGAUACAAGAUUUGCAUAGGAGAUGUGUGGCAUCACUGGGGCAGUUCUUUUGAACACUCAAAAACAUUGAAGCUAAAGCAUGAUGGAAGCAUUAGAUUGCCAAGCAAUGUAGAGGAACUGCAUCUAGAGAAGUUAAAUGGGGUCCAGUGUGUACUUAAUGAGUUAGAUCAGAAUGGUUUCCAAGAACUAAAGUGUCUCCAAGUCAAGAAUAUUGCUCUAGGGAUUGAACAUUUGUUCUUCAACCCAAAGAAGGAGAUUAAUAGUGAAGUUCUUCCCAAAUUGGAAGUAUUAUUUCUUCACAAUUUGAAGGGAUUGCAAAAGAUAUUUCCUGGCCAGUUUGAAAAGGCGUCUUUGGAAAAGUUAAGAAUCAUUGCUGUGACAGGUUGCAAUCGGCUGAAAAAUUUGUUCUCCUUCUCUGUAGCCAAACAGCUUCACAAUCUCGAAGAAAUUAGAGUGACAGAUUGCUGCAACAUUGUUGAAAUUGUUGAUGAUGACGUGGAAGAAGAUGCUAAUGUUAUUACUGCUGAAGCAGCUGACUAUGUAAUUGAGCUUGCCGCCCGAAUUCAGUGCUUGAGGUUACAACAUCUGACGGAGUUCAUUAGUUUCAGCAAGGAAAAGAUUAUUAGAUCCAGUAGCACGUCACUUUUCAACAAAAAGCUUGUGGCAGGGGACAGAAUAUGGAACCUGACAAAACUGAUAAUUAAGGGCUGUGAUCAGUUAGAAAAUCUAUUCAUUGAAUCUAUUGGUGAUUGUCUGAAGAAGCUUGAACACCUUGAAAUAAAGGAAUGCAAGAAGAUGAGAGACAUUAUCGUCGGAGAAGCAGGAAAGGGAAGGUUAUACAUAUUUCCAUCAUUGAAGCAAUUGGCUAUAGAGAACUGCCCGGAGCUGAAGGGGUUCGUGGAAGAUGACCGAGCUGACAAAACUAUCGCUAGCACUGCUCUCUUUCAUGACAAUGUAUACUUUCCUACUUUAGAAACGAUGUCAAUCUCCAAUUUGAAAAACUUGAAUAUCAUAUGGAUGGAAUGCGACUGGUUUUUCUUUCGUAGAUUAAACUUCAUGCGCAUAAAAGAUCUUCCGAACCUCAUCAGACUCAGUGAAAAGCAGGUAGAUGAAGGGUUCAUAUCCUUGGAGCAGUUGACUAUAGAGAACUGCCCGCAGCUGAAUGGGUCCCUCUUUGAUGAGGAGUUUGAACUUCCUGAAUUGAAAAUAAUGACUAUCUCCCACUUGGAAAACUUGAAGAUCAUAUGGGAAAAUCUUGCUGUAAAUUCCCUUCGCAACUUGAGAUCAUUGAGAGUUACAUAUUGUCAGAAUCUAUCAACCAUUUUUCCAUGUAACAGUGACAUCCCCAAAAAGCUCUUGGAAUCACUGAAUGAGUUGGAAAUAAUUGGCUGUAGUUCAGUAAAACAGGUGUUUGAACUUGCACAGUCAGACACCACAGGACAAGCUGACCAGGCAGAAGAACAUGAGCUGAAAUUCCAACAGCUAAAGGUCAUUACUAUAGCUGACUGCCCAAAUAUGGCUACAUUUGCUUCCACCUUCUCAAGAUACCAAGAGCAAGAGACAUCUGAACCCUUUUUCAGCACUAAGUUUGUAUUUCCUAAUUUGGAAAGGAUGACUGUCUCCCACUUGAAAAGCUCGAAGAUUAUAAGCGAAAAUCUUGCUGAAAAUUCCUUUUGCAACUUAAGAUCAUUGGGAGUUUCAUAUUGUCAGAAUCUAUCAACCAUUUCUCCAUGUAACAGUGGCAUGAUCAAAGGACUCUUGGAAUCUCUGCAGGAGUUAGAAAUAAUUGGUUGUAGUUCAGUAAAAGAGGUGUUUGAACUUGAACAGUCAGACAUCACAAGGCAAGCUGAGGAGGCAGAAGAAUGUAAGUUGAUAUUCCAACAGCUAAAGGUCAUGACUAUAGCUGACUGCCCAAAUAUGGUUACAUUUGCUUCUACCUUCUCAAGAGUCCAAGAGCAAGGGACAUCUGAACCCUUUUUCAGCACUAAGGUUGAAUUUCCCAACUUGGAGUUGUUGGUUAUGGAGGACUGUCAUGGAUUCAAAUAUCUAAUGACACUUUCUACAGUUCAAAGUUUUUCUCAACUCAAAGAGCUUGUGAUACAUGGUUGUAAGACGAUCGAGGAGGUAAUAGUGACAGAAGAACUUACAAAGGAGAACAGGAUCUCUUUGUUCCCCAAACUCAAUAGUAUGGAGCUCGAAGACCUUCCAGAACUCACAAGAUUCUGCUCUGAACCACAAAAUCUGCAAGCGACUGCAUCAUUUGUAUUUCCUAAUGUAACAAACCUGAAGUUUUCUAAGCUGCCCAAACUGGCGAGUUUCUUAACUAAGAAUGCUACCGAAUGGCCCGAAUUAACAAGUAUUCAUGUGCGUGAAUGUGACCAAGUUCAGAUAUUUGCUUUGGAAUUCCCAUCCGGAGACAACCAAAUCGAAAGUAGGACUCAACAACACCCCUUAUUUUGGGUCAAUAAGGGACUUGAAAGGCAGGAAGGGAGUAGCAGAUCAAACACUAUAGAUUUGAACCAACAGGGACUUGAAGGGAAGGAAGGUAGUAUCAGAUCAAGCACUAUAGAUAUAAAUCAACAGGGACUUGAAGGGCAGGAAGGUAGUAGCAGAUCAAGCACUAUAGAUAUGCCUGCAGUUUCUUUUAUGAAUUUAAGGACUCUGAAUUUAUCAAGAUGCCAUGGACUCGUUACGGUGUUGAGAUACACAAUGGCUAAGAGAUUGGAUCAGCUGUCAAAAAUGAGCAUAACUGAAUGUUCGAAGUUAGAAGAAAUUGUGGCAUGUGAGGAUAAUGAAGUGGAAGAUGAAAUUGUUUUCACCCAACUCACAUCUUUGCGACUUGGUCUUUUAUCAAGACUUAAAAGCUUUUGCUCUGGGAAGUGCAACUUUAGUCUCCCAUCUCUGGAUGAAGUGAUUCUAAGCAAGUGUCCAGAAAUGAGUACCUUCUCCAAUGGAGUAGUGAAAACAGAGAAACUGCAGAAAGUGAAGCUGACUGAAGAAGAUGAUGCUGGAAUCUGGAAGGAUGGUGACCUUAACUCCUCCAUACAAUAUUUGUUCCCUAGUAAGAAUCACCCAGCUGCUGAACCUUUCAAGACAAAAACUCUUCCUCAUUUAGAUGAGUUUCACGGAAGAAAUGUGCAAGGUGUUAACGCAGUCAUUGAGGACAAGAAAAAAGAUGAUGGUCAAGAGAAAGAACAAAAUGAAGAUGAUGGACUUGACCAUAAUGAAAAUAAAGGAGAAAAUUCUGUUUCCUUAGAUGAUUCGCAUCCAUCUGUUGCACAAGAUGCACAAGAAUCAGCUAUGGUAAACGAAAUGAAGUAGCUUUGUCAUCAAAGGAAAAGAAGAGAGAUGAAGAAAGGACUUGAUGGAACUUUGUGGGUUUGGGACUUCAGAUCAGACCAGCUACGAGCUUCAGGAUUGAAGAAAGGACUAGAUGAAAUAAUUUAGUUUGGUUUUUGAAACUUAAUUAAGGAUUGAGUUAAUUAGUUUCCUUUUCCUUUACUGUUGCUGCUUUUUAUUUGUUACUUGAGGAGAUCAUGUUGAUAAACUCUUUUUUAUUCU